AUGGGAAGAGGAAAUCAAACAGUGGUGGCAGAAUUUAUCCUCGCUGGGUUUUCCAAUUUCCCUGACCUGCAGGUCCCAUUGUUUCUGGUGUUCUCUUUCAUGUACCUGGUAACUUUGAUGACUUUGAUAAUCAUCAUCACUACGAUACGGCUUGACCGCAGCCUCCACAUCCCCAUGUACUUCUUCCUCUCCAUCCUCUCCUUCUCAGAAAUCUGCUACUCCCUUGUCAUUAUCCCCAAUAUGCUUGCAAAUUUUCUAAGAGAGAAGAAGACCAUUUCCUUCAUUGGCUGUGCUACUCAGAUGUGCCUUUUCCUGGGCUUUGGGUGCACAAAUUGUAUGCUUCUAGCAGUGAUGGGGUAUGACCGAUAUGUGUGCAUAUGCAAACCUUUACGUUAUCCGAUUCUGAUGAAUCAAGGACUCUGCGCCAAGAUGGUGGCAUGUUCAGCAACAACUGGCUUUCUUUUCUCCACCACAGAAACUAUAAUCAUAUUUACCUUGCCUUUCUGUGGGCCAAAUAAACUUAAGCACUUCUUUUGCGAUUUAGCACCUUUGCUUGAAUUAGCCUGCGGCCGAAACUACAUAGGAGAAAUUGUCAUUUUCGUGAUUUGUGUUUUGGUUGUGUUUUGCUCAUUCCUGUUCAUCCUUCUCUCAUACAUUUUAAUUGUUAACACUGUCUUGAAAAUCCCCACAACGGCUGGGAAACGGAAAGCCUUUUCCACUUGUGCCUCCCAUCUUAUUGUGGUCGUAGUGCACUUUGGUUGUGCUUCCAUUAUCUAUUUAAGGCCCAAAUCCAGAUACACGCUAGAUGAGGACACUUUUAUUUCUGUCUCUUACACAAUGGUGACUCCCUUGUUGAACCCCUUGGUGUACAGCCUGAGAAACAAAGAUGUCCAAAUAGCGCUUAAGAAAUCGCUUGGCAGAAGCUCCUGUACCCAAAGAAUCUGA